AUGGACAUCACAGAUCUCUUCUUCACGCGCAGGGAAGAAUCCCUCCUUUCUGGGGACUACAACAUAUAUCGCGCACAAACGUCACGUCGUUUGCACACUAUUCGGAAGAAGCUUGGACGCACAACCCCCAAAGGUCGAAAGUUCAAUUCUGAAGUUCCUGUAACUACUGAAGAUGUUUCUUCUAAUCCGCAAGCUGCCCAUCUACUUAUCCUAAGCGCCGAGCGAGCAUGGGCACAGGCAAUGCAUAUGAAAGCUGUCCACUCGGCCGAUCCGUCAGCAAAAGGCGUUAUGGGACCUACGCGACGACACAUAGUCAGCAGAUUGGACAAAGCGUCUCGGUAUGCCGAAAGACUCGUUUCUGUUCUGCAAGACCAGUCUCUCUCGGGCGCAUCAGAUAUCGACCUUCUAGAGGCCCGUGCCUACCUCGCUCUGUUGUCAGGCGGAUUACACAUGGAGAAGCAGAAAUGGGAUCAAUGCCUUCGGCAAUUCAGUCUAGCCCGAAUCAUAUAUUCUGCUCUAAGCCAGAAAGAGAGGAAGGAGGCAUAUCGUGAAAUCAUAUCGGUCACAAUUGAUCCUUCCCUCCGCUACGCCGCGUACCAACUCAAGAUAUCCCGCAACAAGCCUCUACCCUCGCUCGCAAUUGAAAGUUUUCCAGGAGACGACGACGUUCGUGCCGAGCUCGAGAAAGUUGACCCUAAUUGUUUGGUUGUGGACGCUGCGGGAACUACAAGACUGGCGGAUGGUGAAAUUGAGAAACUGCCUGAGACUAUUACCUGGAGGUCCCGCUCGGUGCCCAUCGAAGACGCAUCUAUAGCACAAGCGCUUGCAGCUGCUACCGCUGCUGAGUCUAAGCUUUCUUCAUUUUUACAGGAGCGGCCUUCGGCAUCGCCCAGGGAAAAAGCUGCGGCUUACGACAAUGUCAUUCUAGCCAGUCAAGAAAUUGUUGAUGCCACUAAAACGGCCAUUGACGACCUCACCAACGAAGGAGUGGACAGGGGCGAUCGGAGAAUGCAGGCAUUGCAGGUCACCAGGACUGCGGUCAACUAUUCCCUCGUUAGCUGGAGAGUGGGUAGAAACCGUGUUUUAAGCGGCGAACAUGAUGGGUUGUUGCUGGAUAGUGAGCAGACGAAGGCUGAUGAACGUCGAAAGACGCCUCGUCAGGAGAGCGGCGGCAAGAUUCUGUCACAACUCCGUGAGAAGGUGACACUAUAUGAUUCUGUAUUGCAAAGCUUGGACUUUGUACAAGAAUUGCCCGGUGUUGCAGGCGACACUGACUUUGUGGAGGAGCUCGAACUCAAACGCAACUACUUCCGGGCAUUGCGGUGUUUCGCUAUCGGCCGCUCUCAUUCAUUCCAAGAAAACACUAAAAAUGCUCUUGCUUUAUUCUCCCGCAGUAGUGAACUUGCCGCCGCUAUCCAAAAAAGCGGCAAAGGUGUUACGGCAAGCGCGGGUCCACCCAAGCUAGAUGUCUCAGCUGAGGAGAUUGCAUUUCUUGCUACGAUAUCCCAGGGAUUCGAAGCAAAAUACCGAGGCUUGGUCAGUCUUGAUAGACUAUCCGAAUCAAAGCAGGACCUUGCGCGCUUCCAGUUGCCAUUAAUUGAAAGAAUGGACGAAUACGCGGUAGAGAGCCUCGACCUCAAUAAACUUGUUCCUUUCCCGCCCCAGAUGCGUGCAGUUCCCGUCAAGCCACUGUUUCUGGACGUUGCAUGGAACUACAUUCAAUAUCCUCGCGAGCGAACAGAACAAGAAGAAGCGCCAAGCACAGAGGGGCGCCGUGGCUGGUUCGGCUUUAGACGUUAG